CCUCAGGAUCCAGCUGUGUUUGGAGCUGAUUCACUUUUGGUGAAAACCUCCAAACAUUACUUGAACAUCCGCUAUACUUUGCUACCCUACCUGUACACCCUCUUUUACAAAGCUCAUACCCAAGGGGACACGGUUGCACGUCCAGUUUUGCACGAGUUCUACUCAGAUGAAGUGACGUGGGGAGUUGAUAGGCAGUUUCUGUGGGGUCCCGGUCUACUUAUUUCUGCUGUCCUUGACCCGGGUGUGGAUGUAAUUCAAGCAUAUAUUCCUGAUGCAGUGUGGUAUGAGUAUGAAACGGGGGCAAAAAUACCCAUAAGAAAACAAUGGACUGAUUUGUACCUGCCAGCAGACAAACUGGGGCUCCAUUUGAGAGGAGGCUACGUUUACCCUACCCAACAACCGGCUCCCACAACAUCUGAAAGUCGCAAGAAUCCAAUGGGACUUAUAAUUGCCCUGGAUGACAAAAAUAACGCUUAUGGAGACUUGUUCUGGGAUGAUGGAGACUCUACAG